AUGAAGAUCGACGGAAGACUCUUUCUUGUUACUGGAGGGGUUUCAGGCCUUGGGCUUGCUACUGUAGAGAAGCUUGUAGCCAAUGGAGCAUACGUUGCCAUUAUGGAUGUUCACGAUAAAGAGGAUGUUGCAGGUCGGCUAGGGUCAAAGGCUCGAUUCUACAGAGUGGAUGUCUCGAAUUCUAGCGAUAUUACAGCCGCUAUCACGAAGAUCUUGUCAUGGAAGCGUGACAUAACGAGAUAUAUUGGGGGAGUUGUUUGCUGUGCAGGUAUACUCGGCCCUGCUAAAAUCCUUGGAAAGGAUAAUACACCAUUCUCAAUAGAGUCCUUCAAGAAGGUGCUUGAUAUCAAUGUUGUUGGCACAAUCGAUGUGAUACGGCAACUACUGCCUCAUAUCGCAAUUCAAGAAAAGGAUGAGGGCGGAGAAAGAGGGGUCGUGAUCACAGUGUCAUCUGCAGCAGCUUUUGACGGUCAACCCGGUCAGGUCGCAUAUAGCGCAGCGAAGGGAGCAAUCGCAUCGUUGACAUUGCCAAUGGCAAGAGAUCUGGCGAGGCACGGUAUUCGCGCUGUAUCGAUAUCUCCUGGUCUGUUUGAGACGGGCAUGACAACCAACAUGCCUGUGAAGGCAAAAGAAAGUCUCCAGCGAGUAUUAGAGUUCCCAGAUCGGGCUGGACGUCCGUCUGAAUUUGCGGGUUUGGUUCAACAUAUCUUGGAGAACUCAUUUUUGAAUGGCACUGUGCUGAGAAUUGAUGGAGCGACCCGAAUGCCCAGUCGGAUAUGA